UUUGGAUAAUAUCCGUGAAACAAUAUUUUCUUUAACUCCCCAUAGUUUUUUGUUGAGGCAAAUGGAAAGAAAAAACAAAAGUGCCGGUCACAUGAUCUGCAGGAGGGCGGGGCUAAUGGUUCGUUCGAGGAGUUCAUGCUUGAAAAACAUGGACCAAAAGAUCCCAUAUGAUGAUUAUCAACUGCCAGUAGUGUUUCUUCCUUCCUAUGAGAGCCCUCCUGCAUGGAUCCCUCAACAGGAGAGAAUACAUCACCCUGACUACAACAAUGAGCUCACACAGUUCCUACCUCGCACCAUAGUGUUAAAAAAGCCCCCCGGUGCACAACUAGGCUUUAAUAUCCGUGGAGGAAAGGCCUCGCAGCUUGGUAUAUUUAUUUCAAAGGUGGUACCCGAUUCGGAUGCCCAUAGGGCAGGACUGCAAGAGGGCGAUCAGGUGCUUUCUGUCAAUGAUGUGGACUUUCAAGACAUUGAGCAUUCGAAGGCUGUGGAGAUUUUAAAGACUGCAAGGGAGAUUUUGAUGAAGGUUCGAUACUUUCCUUACAACUACCAGCGGCAGAAGGAGCGGACUGUACACUAGGUGGCAGAGCUGACUUUCCUGACCGAACCAGUUGAUGAGGCGUUGGUGUGUCAGCGAAACAUUCAGCUGCUCUGCAUCAUCUUCCUCCCACUAACUAUUUUUUCUGACUAAGAGACUGCUCAAAGAUAUCAUCUUCAAACACUUCACGACAUGCCUGAUGAUUCACAGCUUCUUCAACCAUAGUGGUGGUUUUGAGCUGUGCCAGUUUUGAAUGCAACUGGUGACAUUUUAGAUACUUUUCCUUUCUCUUCAUUCCCUUUCCUUGCUGAAAAUAAGCAUAUUCUGUGAGAUACAGUUGAAGUCAAAAGUUUACAUACACCUUGCAGAAUCUUCAAAAUGUUAAUUAUUUUACUAAAAUAAGAGGGAUCAUACAAAAUGCAUGUUAUUUUUUAUUUAGUACUGACCUGAAUGAGAUAUUCCACAUAAAAAAAUGUUUACACAUAGUCCAAAAUAAUAGCUGAAUUUAUAAAAAUGACUCAAAAGUUCAAAAGUUUACAUACACUUGUUAUUCAGGAAAAAUCCACAAAUUCUGUGGUUUUUCAGCAUUUUUUGUAUUUGAACCCUUUCCAACAAUGACUGUGAUUUUGAGAUCCAUGUUUUCACACUAAGGACAACUGAGGGACUCAUAUGCAACUAUUACAGAAGGUUCAAACGCUCACUGAUGCUCUGGAAGGAAACACAAUGCGUUAAAAGCUGGGGGGUGAAAACUUUUGAACAGGAUGACGAUGUGUACAUUUUUCUUAUUUUGCUUAAAUGUCAUAUUUUUUUUAUUUAGUACUGACCUUCAGAAGCUACUUGCAUGUUUCCCAGAAGACAAAAUAAGUUUAUUAAAUGUACCCUCAAAUUCAAAAAGUUCUUAAUACAUCGUUUUUCCUUCUGGAGCAUCAGUGAGUGUUUGAAACUUCUGUAAUAGUUGCAUAUGAGUCUCCCUAUGACUUGUCUUUGAUGUGAAAAGAUUGAUCUCAAAAUCAUAGUCAUUGCUGGAAAGGGUUCAAAUACAGAAAAAUGCUGAAAAACCAAAGAAUUUGUGGGACAUGAAGGAUUCAUGGGAUCAUUUUUAUACAUUCAACUAUUAUUUUCUAUGUGGACUAUAUGUAAAUGUAGCAUGUGAAAUAUCUUAUUCAGGUCAAAAUAGCAUGGAUUUUGUAUGAUCCCUCUUAUUUUGUUAGAAUAAGCAAGGUGUAUGUAAACUUUUGACUUAAACUAUAUGUCAUGCAUAUGAACAGAAAACAUGGCAGAUGUGUUAUUUAUUGAA